GUGUGUAUGUGCGCGUGUGAGUGAGGGUUCCGAGCACGGGCACGGAGAAUAUGUAAUUUGUUGUGAAAAUCAAUUGAGUGCCUAAAUAAUUAAUUUCAAUUGCAAAAAAAUAAUGCAAAUGUUCAUUUCAUCUGCACACAUGUGAAAGUUCACAGCACGACGAAUGUCAACAGUAAAGCAAGCGUGGUAAACACAAAGCGGAAUACACACAAAAACAAAACAUAUUUCAAAUUCAAACGUUCCUUUGCGCAGCACUGCGUUUAACUUACAUGCUUGAGACUGACAACUAACAAAAUAAACAACUACUACUUGAAAGUCGGAAGUUUGGAAAUUUGAAUAUAAGGCGGCUUCGCCUAUUAAAAAUGGGCAAACGCAUCGUCUCAGAACGCCAGCAAACGACGGACACCCAAAACACACAGUCAGAUCGCAGUGCACGAAAACGAAAGCGCUCAGCUGUUAAAGCCUCCCGGGCGGAGAAAUGCCAGCGCCUCAGCGCCAGCUCCAUUGAAAACAGCUGCGAGUGGCAUGAGAACGAUGACGAAGACUCAUCCUCGUCAGGUUCUGCCACUGAACCGCUACUGCAGACACCACAACCUGCUGCUGGACGUGGUCAGCAGUGUGCCGCAGUCAAUUCACGUGCAUCGCUUCUCUCGUUAGCCACAUUCGCGAGCGGCGGUCACAGCGAUCAUAACAAUUCCAAUGCAACCGAUUCACCGCGUCCGGUUUACACACUCCGACCCUCGGUGGUCAAUGGCACCAUAUUGAGGGAUGUGCUCUCCAAGGCCUGGCGACUAGGUCGACCAAUAGGCAAGGGCAACUUUGGUGAAAUCUUUCUCGCAUCAGACGAUACGGUUUGUCCCGUUUCGUCGGAGAGCGCCAAAUAUGUGGUCAAAAUUGAACCACACUCCAAUGGACCGCUCUUCGUGGAGAUACAUUGCCUUAUCAACACUAAUCAAACACCGCCAACUGGCAGCGAGGUUAACAAGCUGGAGGCGGCCUUGCCAUCGAGGAUUGCAAAUGGUCCACCUUCGGGCAUUCCGAGUUACAUAGCGUCGGGCACACAUUACUUUGGCGACGGACGUUAUCGGUUUCUGGUCUUGCCGCGCUACGAUCGCGAUCUGCAUUCGUUGGUGAAGAAUACGCGAGUGGCGCAAAAGUCAUUGCUGGUGCUGGCUGUGCAUAUACUCAAUGUGCUGGAGCAUCUGCACGACAAGGGAUAUUGUCACAAUGACAUCAAGGCACAGAAUCUGAUGAUAUCCAAGUGCAAGUACCUCAAGCGACAACCUGUGCAACCGGGUGCCAGCAACAAAGGCUUUGACGAGCACUACGAGGAGAAGCAACAAACAACAGAUAGUGGCAACAGCUCGGAACAGGAGACCAAUGAUGAUGACUACUACGUUAAGAAUGACAAAUUCCCAAUGAAGCGCCUUGCGGUAAUCAAAGCGGAUAACUAUGCAGAGGAUGAGGACGAGGACUUUGAUGAUGGCGCCACCACGAAUAGCAACAACAGCAACAGCAAUAGCAACAGCAUGGACAUGUACCACACGCCAGUGAACAACAACAAGAAUAAGCGAGGUGUGCGUACAAAUGCCGUCGAAUUUAGCGGCUCGAAUCCGAUGCGAUCUUGCCGACGCAACGAUAGUCGCAACUCCAGCUCUAUGUACGAGGAGAUGGUUAAAUCGCACUAUUUGCGACCCUCGAAGCGAGUCAGUUACUCCGAGUUCUUCAACGAGGAUGGUUACCCCUUGAAAACCGAAACUCAAUCGCCUGGCAGCUCCGACAAUGAAUGGGAUGUGACGCCAUAUUCGCGACGUUUGGGCAGUUCAAAUGCCAGUGCCACGGCGUCGAAGCGUAGCGCUCGCUCCACUGCUUGCAACACAAAGAGUACGCGUUCCUCACGCCGCCAGUUGGAGAAGCAGCAGCUGAAGAGCGAAUUAAACGAUGCGUCUGCUGCUCGCAAUGCUGCCGCACGAAGUAAACGACCGUCGGUGCAGUAUCAGCUAAUGCCAGUGGUAGAGGAGCAUAUAUUCCUGAUUGAUUUCGGUCUGGCCUCCAAGUAUCAGGAUCGUGGCGUGCAUCGUCCGUUUAUCAUGGAUCAGCGUCGCGCCCACGAUGGCACAUUGGAGUUUACCUCGCGUGAUGCGCAUUUGGGUGCGCAUUCGCGUCGCAGUGAUUUAGAAUGCUUGGGCUACAAUUUGCUGUACUGGUCAGAGGGUUAUUUGCCGUGGAAGGAUGUGGCGCAACAACAGCAGCAGGAGAAGGUGCAUCGCGCCAAGGAGCUGUUCAUGACAGACGUGUGCGAAAUGCUGCGACAGUUUUAUGGCAAACAGGUUCCUAAAUACUUGGGUGAAUUCCUGCAGCAGAUCGGUAGUCUGGGAUAUCAAGAGCGUCCCAAUUAUGAGCGCUAUCGCAACAUCUUUAAGCGUGAAUAUCGACGUCUGGGCUACGACUGCAGCGAGAUGCGUUUGAGCAGCGAUGAGAUUCAUCGCACGCGGGUAUCUGUCAAGGAUGAGGUCGAUGGCAAUGCCAAGUGCGACAUAUUUGAGUUGAACACUAGAGUUACCAACAAUGUGAUGCGCAGUUCGACAUUCAGCACCCCAUUCCAGGAGCACUCGCUAACGAAUCGUGUAUCGCCCAAGAAUCUGCGCUCCAAGUCUGAGGCUAAGAAUGCCAAGAAGAAGAAGUUCUCGUGGGCAGAGGUGCUAUCCCAAGAUCCCGAUCAAAUAGCACGCGAGCGUGCCGUCAAAGAGUUUGAGCGUGAAGAGGUCAUUUGCCCGCUGCAAUCCCGUCUGCCAAGGAGAUACGAAGGCAAGCCAACCUAUGCGAUAAUCGCCGUAGAGCAAUGCAGACGCGACAAGGGUCUGGCGGUGCAGGAGCAUAACAACGAAGAGCAGGCGUCGGAGCAGCAGGACAAGAAACACAGUAGAACUGCACAGACGGAAGCAACUAACAAUGACAAUGAGGAGGAGGAGGACGACGACGACGAAGAUGAGGAUGAAGAUGAAGAUGAUGAGGACGACGAUGUAGAGGACGAAGAGGAGGCAGCAGCAAGUGAAGAUGAAGAGAUGGAGCAGGGUGAAGCAAGCGAAACGACAGAAUUGCUUCCGAACAGAGGCCGAGGACGCAGGUCUAAGAAAAGCAACACAAAUCAAGCACAGCAACAGGUGCAGCAGCAGCAACAACAGCCGUUGACCAAAAGCAAGAGUUCGCGCAUUCGAACACUACCCAGCAAAUUGAGGAAUGGCAAUGGACACAGCAGCCAAAGUCAGAGUCAGAGUCACAGCAUAACCCCGCUAACAGCUGUGGGGAGCAACAAACGUGGCUGUGCCACUCGGAAGGAGAAUGCAACACUGGCAUCUGCCACCGGUGAAGUGGAGCAUAAUAAAUUGAAAUCCAGUCGGGCAGCGGUUGAAGUGGAUCAUCAUCCCAAACAGCGGCGACCGCGUCGUUGUCUAUAUAAGACUGAAGCACAGAUGCGUGGCGAACAGCAGUUGGAUGUGGAGAACAAUUCCAACUAUGCCGCUAGCAACAUGCAACAUGUGAAUGUGUAUAGUGGGUGGCAAUAUGACGAUGAGAACAGCUACGGCAAGGGGCGUAAUGUCAACUCGUCCAGGCAUUGUCGCAAGUGAUAGAUAGUUAUAUAUCAUAACCAUACAACAAACAAAAACAUAGCUACAAACAACCAUAUAGAAUUGCGAUGUGGAUCAACAAGAUUGAUCAAAAUGGAGGCGCGUAGUGAAGAUGCAACGCAGCAUUUUGAAUAGUGGCAGCAAACCACAAAAACAUAUUAAACAAAGCAAAAAACAAUGGAAAUUAUUAUUGAGCUGCGUUUGCAAGUAAAGUAUUUUUUAGAGAUAAAUACAACCUAAGUGAAAAUAGAAUAUAUACAUAUAUAUAGCUAUGAUCAAAAAAGGCAGGCAUGUUGUCACCUGGUUAUGCCUCCAAAAGAAGACCACAACAGUUUGUAAUUUCUGUUUUCUUUUUUAAUGCUAUGAGUUAACGUUAUUAAGCAGUUUUAUUUUUUAUUACUCUUCAUAAACUUCUGAAGCUAUAUCAUUAGUAAGCUACAAAUUGUUAUAACUAGUUGAGAGAAACCGUGAGAUGAAGUGGGGUUGGUUAUAUAUUGGCCUUGAUAGCAAAUGAUCGUUUGAUUACUUAUCUUUAUAAUUUUAGAAUUUGCUCCUAAGUUACUUUUUCAUUAAGUUGCAUCCCUAUUAAUUAAACUACAUAAAAGUAAUCCUCUCAAAAAACAAAAACAAAAAAAACAAGUAUUUAAUAUAACUAGAUGAAGGUUAUUAUUGCAUAAAUAUUAAUGAUAUAAAUAUAAUUAUCUAAGAUAGGCUAUAAACUGCGGAUAUAAAUAAAAUACAUAGAAACUA